AUGACAGAGAAACCAACAGGAACACCCUCUAGUGAUGGAUCUGUGGUGACACCCUGGCAAGUCACCGGUGCAGUCGACUACGACAGGCUCAUCGCCACGUUCGGCACAACACCACUGACCAGCACACUCGUGGAGCGCGUGGAGCGACUCACUGGCAAGAAAGCCCACCACUUCCUCCGCAGAGGGAUCUUCUUCUCCCAUCGAGACCUGGAUCAGCUUUUAGACGCAUACGAAAACGGUCAGCGUUUCUACCUCUACACCGGUCGCGGUCCCUCGUCGGAGGCGCUCCACCUUGGACAUUUGAUCCCCUUCAUCUUCACUAAGUAUCUACAGGACGCGUUUCGAGUCCCGCUGGUCAUCCAGCUCACUGACGACGAAAAGUUCCUUUUUUCCAAACAUGACGUAAGCUCACACCCGCUUGAAAGCUAUAUCCAACUCGGCCGUGAGAACUCCAAGGAUAUCAUAGCAUGUGGUUUCGAUCGCGAACGAACGUUUCUUUUCGCUGAUUCCGACUAUAUCGGCUGGCUAUACCCGAAUGUAGUUCGUAUUCAACGAGCAGUAAGCUUCAGCCAGGUGCGUGGCAUUUUCGGUUUUCAACACUCGGAUAACAUUGGCAAAAUCGCGUUUCCAGCAGUGCAGGCUGCCCCAGCGUUUAGCUCGUCGUUUCCGCACCUAUUUCCCACGAAGCAGCAGAUCCCAUGCCUGAUUCCAUGCGCGGUAGACCAGGAUCCUUACUUCCGGAUGACGCGUGAUGUGGCUCCACGACUUGGUUAUCGGAAACCUGCGUUGAUUCACAGCAAGUUCUUCCCGCCGCUCCAAGGGGCCGAAGGCAAAAUGAGCGCCAGCGAUCCGAAUUCGGCGAUCUUUCUCAGCGACUCUGCCGCCCAGAUAAGAAAGAAAGUGAAUAAAUACGCAUUCAGUGGCGGGCGCGACACCGUCGAGGAGCAUCGGCUCUACGGAGGGGAUUGUGCGCGUGACAUUGCAUUCCAGUAUCUGUGUUUCUUCCUGGAGGAUGAUGACCGACUUGAAGAUAUUCGCGAGGCCUACUCUACCGGACGCAUGCUUAGUGGAGAGAUCAAAGCGGAGCUCGUGCGUUGUCUACAACCCAUGCUUGCAGACUUGCAGGCAAGGCGGCAAGCGGUAUCCAAUGCGGAUGUGGAAGAGUUUAUGCGUAUUCGACCGUUGAUCGUUGAAUAG